GCUAAACAUCAUACUAAUAUCAUGACUAAUAUAGUAAUAUUAAAUAUACUAUAAUAUAGUAUAUUCUACCCAUAGUUCAUACCCUGCACGGCUGCACGUAACCCGGCGCCCAUGAUUUUAUUAAUUAAUUAAUUAAUUAUUAUUGCAUAAGGCUAAAGGCACGACUGCAUAAAGUUGAGUGUUCACAGUUUACACAGUACACUACGUCUGCACAGUGAGUAAAAGUUAGUAUUGUCGUCUAUCAUGGGCAUUGUUGUCUAGUUCAAGUAUUUGAAUACUUAGAUUAUCCAGAGUUUUGCAAACAUUUGACAUUUCCCCAUGGAUGAAAAAGAAUCUGAUGAAACUCUUAAAAGCUCCUCAUCGUCUCUGGUCAACACCAAGGUUCAAAGUGUCAUACCAAAAAACAGGUCAGAAGUUUUGAAAUGGAAUGGCUGGGGAUAUAGAGACUCAAAGUUUAAAGUUACUGACCAGGGAAUGAUUCGGUUUACUGGCAAUAGAUAUUCAAUUGGUGAAACAGAUUUGCCUUUUUUUACUCAAUGGGUUCAACAAAUAUUAAAUAUUGACCUAACUCUAAGGAAUGUCCCUAGAGAGAAGUUCAGUUCCACAGAGAUUCCACUUUCCCGCGUAUCUAUCAGUUUUUUAAAAAUCUUAAAGGAAAUGAAAAUUGACCAUACAACAGAUGGGCAAGCUAGACUUUUACGGUCCCACGGACAAACGCUUUAUGAUAUUUAUACUCUCAGAUAUGGUAAAUGUUUUCCACGCAUUUGUGAUUUAGUUGUCUGGCCUGCAAAUCACAAUGAAGUGAUAAGCAUAGUUGAGUUAGUCAAUGUACAUAAUAUUGUACUUGUUCCGUUUGGUGGCGGAACUAAUGUAUCUGGAGCAGUAUCUUGUCCUGUUAAUGAAAAUAGAUGUAUAGUCAGUGUAGACACUUCACAAAUGAAUCGUUUAUUGUGGUUGGAUGAAUCAAACUUACUCGUGUGCUUUGAAGCUGGAGUCAUUGGUCAAGAUUUAGAACGUGAACUAAACAAACGAGGCUAUACAUGUGGACAUGAACCUGACUCUUAUGAGUUUUCUAGUUUAGGCGGUUGGGUUGCGACUAGAGCAUCGGGCAUGAAGAAAAAUGUGUAUGGCAACAUUGAAGAUUUAGUAAUUGAUGCUAAAAUGGUUACUUGCAAAGGAGUGGUAGAAAAAAACAGUAAGGUCCCAAGAAUGUCAAGUGGACCUGAUUUUCAACAAAUUGUCUUAGGGUCAGAAGGUACAUUAGGCAUAAUUACAGAAGUGACCUUAAAAAUUCGACCACUUCCAGAUUGUCGAGUUUAUGAUUCUGUAGUUUUUCCUGACUUUGAAUCAGGAGUAAAAUGUAUGAGAGAAGUAGCCAAACAAAGAUGUCAACCUGUAUCCAUACGAUUAAUGGAUAACACGCAGUUCAGAUUUGGUCAGGCAUUACGUUCUGUUGAAAAUACAUUUGGAAACUUUUUAGACACUUUUAAGAAAACUUACUUGACUCGUGUUUGUGGUUUUCGUUUAGAGUCUAUAUGUGUUAUGACACUCCUUUUUGAAGGCAAAAGAUCUAAAGUAGUUUCGCAUAGAAAUUGCAUCGCUAAAAUAGCUAUGUCCUUUGGUGGUAUAACAGCAGGAGAGAGAAAUGGAGAACGCGGUUACAUGUUGACUUUUGUUAUAGCUUAUAUACGUGAUCUCGCGUUAGAAUACAGAGUUGUAGCUGAAUCGUUUGAAACAUCAGUAUCCUGGGAUAAAACUCUUAGUUUAUGCGAUAAUGUCAAAAAAACUGUAACAAAUGAGUGCAAUAAACUUAAUAUCAAGUAUUAUUUAAUUAGCUGUAGAAUAACACAGACAUAUGACUCUGGUUGUUGUGUUUAUUUUUAUUUUGGAUUUAAUUGGACUGGACUAGAUGAUCCAGUAUCAACUUACCAUCAUAUUGAAACCAUAGCCCGGGACAGUAUUAUGGCUUCUGGAGGUUCUAUAUCUCACCAUCAUGGCGUGGGUAAACUACGAACACAUUGGUAUGAGAAACACGUGUCUAAAACGGUUCUAUCACUUUACAGUGCAUCUAAAAAGAUGCUAGACCCAAAUAAUGUAUUUGCUAAUGGUAAUCUUAUUAGUUUUCCUCUGUCCAAAAUAUGAACAUCGAUUUAAAAUCUAGUCAUAUUUUAGUGUAAGUCUACAACAAAUAAAAAAUUUGUAUUCAUGA